ACAGAAUGUAACCCGGAGAGAGAUUAAGAGUUCAAGAAGAGAGAAAGAUAACAGUGCAAAAAUGGCAGAGGCCAGUGUAUUAUUAGCUCAGGACCAGUUCACUUGUGCAAUCUGUUUGGAUCUUUUAAAGGGUCCAGUGACUAUUCUCUGUGGACACAGUUUCUGUAUGGAUUGUAUCUCAGAUUGCUGGGAUCAAGAGGAUCCAAAGGGAGUCUACAGCUGCCCACAGUGCAGGCAGACUUUUACUCCAAGGCCAGUUCCGGGCAGAAACACAAUGCUGGCUGAAGUGGUGGAGAAGCUGAAGCUUCUGGGACUCCAGUCUGCUCCUGCUGACCACUGCUAUGCUGGACCUGGAGAUGUGGAGUGUGACGUCUGCUCUGGAAGAAAGCGGAAGGCUGUCAAGUCCUGUUUGGUAUGUCUCUCCUCUUACUGUGAAACUCACUUCAGAGCUCACAACGAUGUCAACCCAGGGAAGAAACACAAAGUGAUUGAAGCUGCUGGUAAACUGGAGGAUCUGAUCUGCUCUCAGCAUGAUAAACUGCUGGAGGUCUUCUGCCGCACUGAUCAGACGUGCAUAUGCAUGCUGUGCAUCAUGGAUGAACACAAAGGACAUGACACUAUUUCAGUUGCAGCAGAGCGGACAGAGAAACAGAAAGAGCUGGGAGAAACACAGCGAAAAUUCCAUAACGUCAUCAAAGAAAAAGAGACUCACCUACAAGACCUCAGAAAGGCUGUAAAAACUCUUCAGUGUUCUGCUGACGCAGCAGUGGAGAGCAGUGAGAGGGUCUUCACUGAGAUGAUCCGCUCCAUUGAGAAAAGGCGCUCUGAGGUGAAAAAGCUGAUCAGAGAUCAGGAGAGGGCUGAUGUGAGUCGAGCUGAAGAACUUGUGGAGACACUGGAACAGGAGAUCGCUGAGCUGAAGAGGAGAGUUGAUGAGCUGGAGCAGUUCUCACAAAGUGAAAAUAACAUCCGUUUUCUCAAGAGUUUCCAGUCUCUGUGUGCCUCCACUACAUCUGACAAGGCAUCUACAUGCUCAGUGCAUUCAGAUGUGCUUUUUGAGAGAGUGAGUGACAGCCUCACUAUGCUCAAAGAGAAACUGCAGGAUGUGCUCCACCAGGGACUACAGGACAUGACUAAAGCUGGUGAACAAAUCAGCAUUUUCAGACCUUCAGAGCCUGUAACCAGAGAGGAUUUCCUGAAAUAUUUCCAUCAGCUGACAUUGGACCCCAACACGGCUCAUAUUCUGCUGAGACUGUCUGAUGGAAACAGAGUUGCAGAAAUGGUUAAUGAGAGUCAAUCAUAUCCUGAUCAUCCAGACAGAUUUGAUAGUGUAUCACAGGUGAUGUGUUCAGAGGCUACAUCUACCAGGUGCUACUGGGAGGUUGAGUGGUCUGGACUUGUGUAUAUAGCUGUUUCAUACAAGGGGCUGAAGAGGAAAGCAAAUGAUAAUGAUGUUAAGCUUGGGUUUAAUCCAAACUCCUGGGCAUUGCAGUGCCAUUCAUCAGGGUUUUGGUUCUACCAUAAUAAUAAAGAAACUGAACUCCCUCAUGCUCAGAUCUCCUCUAGAAUAGUAGGAGUGUAUGUGGAUCACAGGGCAGGAACUCUGAGCUUCUACAGUGUCUCUGCUAACACAAUGACUCUGCUGCACAAAGUAGAGACCACAUUCACUGAGCCACUAUAUCCUGCCUUUUGGCUCUACUAUGUUGGCAACAAAAUCAAAUUGUGUCAGUGACAGCAAACCAGCACAAAAAUACGUUCAUGUCCAUAUGCCGAAAACAAAUAUACUGUAUUAUCAUUUAAGAAAUUCCACUCUUUGUGAUAUUCAGUUUAGAUAAGACAAUUGUUCAAUGAUGACAUGACCUUGCCUUGCUGAAAUGUUGUGAAGGCUAAUAGUACAGAAGAUUGUUUUUUUGUAUGUUUGUUUGUUUGUUUCAACAUAAACCGCUCUCUUCAGUAUAAUGUGGUCUGUUCAGUCGUGAAGUUAAAGGUUACAUGUAGAAUGGGUGUUCAAUAUAGUUGACUAUUUCCAUGAUAUAAAAAUUCUCAAUCAGGCCCCCCAGUUUCAGUAGGGUAGCAAAGCUGUCACCCAGUGCUGUCAUGCUCUGUACUAGAAUCAGUCGCUACCAUCAUCACUUCAUCCUGUAGAGGUAAUUUAGCAGCCUACUGAUUACUGUGUGGGAUAUACUUUACUGUUCAUCUUCAUCUAAAGAUGGUGGCUCAUGGAUGUUUUUAAAUGAUAGAUUCCUGUUUUGGUGCUUGUAGGUGUUUAAAGUGUUUAUUUAACACUGUCUGUAAACAUGUAAUGUAAUAUGUGUAAUUAAUAUCUGUAAUGUCUGUAAAACCUUUUACAAGUGGUACAUUCUUCAUCUUCCAAGUCUUUAUGUUGGUUUGCUUUUUGUUUAGUUUUUUCUUGAAUCACGAAGAGUAUAUAAAUAGGCUACUUUGAACUCAUACGA